AAAUAUAAAUAAUAAAUAUAAAAUAUAUAUAUAUAUAUAUAUACAUAAAAUAUCAUUUUUAUAAAAUAUUUGGAGAAGAAAAUGCAAGAUGAUUAAUAAGGGAAUUCUCCUGAUUAAUGAGGAAUAUUGGUGUCAUUAUUUUGGUUAAAUCUAAAAUAGAUGAAAUAUUUUGGUUUAUUUAAUAAUAAAGAUUGUUUAUUGUUUUUCAUUUAUCUGGAAUUUUCUGUGGAAAUCAGCAGCAGAAUUAUUUUUCCUCCAGAGUAAAAUAGAUGAAAUCUGUACAUGGAGGAGGAUCUGAGACCGAACCGGAGCUCUGACUUCAUCUUCAUCACAGCUUCCUCUUCAUCACAGCUUCAUCUUCAUCACAGCUUCAUCUUCAUCACAGCUUCAGCUUCAUCACAGCUUCCUCUUCAUCACAGCUUCCUCUUCAUCACAGCUUCCUCUUCAUCACAGCUUCAGCUUCAUCACAGCUUCCUCUUCAUCACAGCUUCAUCUUCAUCACAGCUUCAUCUUCAUCACAGCUUCAGCUUCAUCACAGCUUCCUCUUCAUCACAGCUUCAGCUUCAUCACAGCUUCCUCUUCAUCACAGCUUCAGCUUCAUCACAGCUUCCUCUUCAUCACAGCUUCCUCUUCAUCACAGCUUCAGCUUCAUCACAGCUUCCUCUUCAUCACAGCUUCCUCUUCAUCACAGCUUCAGCUUCAUCACAGCUUCCUCUUCAUCACAGCUUCAGCUUCAUCACAGCUUCCUCUUCAUCACAGCUUCCUCUUCAUCACAGCUUCCUCUUCAUCACAGCUUCCUCUUCAUCACAGCUUCAGCUUCAUCACAGCUUCAGCUUCAUCACAGCUUCCUCUUCAUCACAGCUUCCUCUUCAUCACAGCUUCAGCUUCAUCACAGCUUCAGCUUCAUCACAGCUUCCUCUUCAUCACAGAGACUCACCCCUGGUCAGAGACUCACCCCUGGUCAGAGACUCACCCCUGGUCAGAGACUUGCCCCUGGUCAGACACUGCUCUGAGUUUCAGUGCUGUCUGUAAUGUGUUGAUGUUUCAGUAAUGGUGGACUCUAAUCCUCAUGGAACACCUCCAUGUUCUGUUUUUUUUUUACUUUUCCUCCUCACAGUUUCUUAACGCAGUAAAAACGAUGAUGUCAUCAUGAUGUUCUGGACCGGAGCUGGACCUUUCUCUUUCAGGAUGGGAGAAAGAGUGAGAGUCAUUAAUGCUGUAAAUAUUACUGAGGAAUAAAAUAUAUAAAUAAAGCUUUCUAAAACCAGUCAGUGUUCAGUUCAGUCAGUGACUCGGUGUGGAGUUCAGUGCGAGUGAACGAAUCAGUGACUCAGUGUGGAGUUCAGCGUGAGUGAACGAGUCAGUGACUCAGUGUGGAGUUCAGCGUGAGUGAACGAGUCAGCGGCUUAGUGUGGAGGUCAGUGUGAGAGAACGACUCGGUGACUCAGUGUGGAGGUCAGUGUGAGUGAACGACUCGGUGUGGAGUUUAGUGCGAGUGAACGACUCAGUGACUCAGUGUGGAGUUCAGCGUGAGUGAACGAGUCAGUGACUCAGUGUGGAGUUCAGCGUGAGUGAACGAGUCAGCGGCUUAGUGUGGAGGUCAGUGUGAGAGAACGACUCGGUGACUCAGUGUGGAGGUCAGUGUGAGAGAACGACUCGGUGACUCAGUGUGGAGGUCAGUGUGAGUGAACGAGUCAGCGGCUUAGUGUGGAGGUCAGUGUGAGAGAACGACUCGGUGACUCAGUGUGGAGGUCAGUGUGAGAGAACGACUCGGUGACUCAGUGUGGAGGUCAGUGUGAGUGAACGACUCGGUGUGGAGUUCAGUGCGAGUGAACGACUCAGUGACUCAGUGUGGAGUUCAGCGUGAGUGAACGAGUCAGUGACUCGGUGUGGAGGUCAGUGUGAGAGAACGACUCGGUGACUCAGUGUGGAGGUCAGUGUGAGUGAACAACUCGGUGUGGAGUUCAGUGCGAGUGAACGACUCAGUGACUCAGUGUGGAGUUCAGCGUGAGUGAACGAGUCAGUGACUCGGUGUGGAGGUCAGUGUGAGUGAACGACUCGGUGACUCAGUGUGGAGGUCAGUGUGAGUGAGUCAGUGACUCUGUGGAGGUCAGUGUGAGUGAACGAGUCAGUG